UAUCGUACUUGUAUAUCGCUCAUUAAUCGCUAUACUUAUAUCUAUCUUCUUACAACAUUUUAUAUUGAGAUUAAGUGCUCUAGUAGAGAAACAUAUCUUUUUAUUUUUUUUCCUACAUUGGAAGGAAUAUUAUAGCCAAUACCCAUGUUCCAUAUACGGCUUUUUCCUUCUUUGUUACAAUAAAGAGUCAACAAAGCUAGCUUUCUAUAAAUAGAUAUAAAAUAAAGCAGAAAAAGAACCAAAGUAAAUUGUAAUUUGGACAGCUUCCAAGAAGACUCCUUCCAUAGCUUUGCACCUUUUGCUUCCUUACCAAAGAGGAAAAAGUAUAAAGUUGGUACACAGCAAGAUGGCUUCAACAGUGUUACUGGUAGUGGUUUUUGUGCUUGAUCUGAUUGCUUUUGGACUUGCUAUUGCUGCUGAACAAAGAAGGGCUACUGCGACUAUCAACAGAGAUGCAGAGUAUAAUCACUGUGUGUAUGAAUCAGAUAUUGCAACUGGUUUGGGCGUGGGUUCAUUCUUAUUCCUUUUAGCUAGCCAGCUCCUCAUAAUGUUGGCAAGUCGAUGUUUAUGCUGUGGGAGGGCACUGCGGCCUGGAAAAUCAAGAGCAUGGGCUAUUGUCUUAUUCAUCACCUGCUGGGUCACAUUCUUUAUUGCUGAAGUGUGCUUACUGGCGGCCUCCGUUAGGAAUGCCUAUCAUACAAAGUAUAGGACUUACUUGGCACAACAUCCUCCUUCAUGUGAGGUUUUGAGAAAGGGAGUCUUUGGUGCUGGCGCUGCUUUUAUUGUUUUCACUGGCAUUGUCUCUGAGCUUUUCUAUGUCAGCUACUCCAAAGCCGAUGAAGGAUCCAUUCCUCCAAGAAUGGAUGGUGGCAUAAGGAUGAACGCGUUCAGAUGAACCUAUCGAGGAGUAGGAGGUUUUGGUUGUACACUUGCUAAACUCUUGCAUUGACCUUGAUGUGCAGAAUUUGUGAAUGUGGUAUUAGUUUUGUGGGAAUUUGUGAAUGUGGUAUUAGUUUUGUGGUAUACUUAACCCUGUUGGGUUGGUGAUCUGACUUCGAUAGAAUUAGACAUUCUGAUUAUAUGUUGCGACUUAGAUAGGUAUGACUGCUAUAUCGUAAGUUCUGUUAUUAUGUUGAACAAAGUUUUUCUAGGGCCUGAUGGGGAAAAAUGCCAAUGUUCACCUUA